AUGGACUCAUUCAGUCAUCGAGAAAUCCGAAUAUCGAAUCCUUUCGUGGAGGGUAGUCAAAUCGAGAUCAGCUACGAGUUGGACGAGAAUUUGCCCCUUUCGGUUACCUAUCACGACUAUUGUCUCAAAUCGGCGAGGAAGUUUCUUCUGGAAUGCUUCACGAAACAAUUCGAGGCCUGGCUGGGCGACAUGAAGAAAGCGAAUUUGCCAAGAGCUCAAUUGAUGGUCACUAUGCAUCACCAAAUGCGCAACAUUAGGAAAUGUUUAGAUGAACUUUUUGGCUCAUUAUGUGGACAGGAUACAAAACUUUCAAGAAGUGUGCGCAUUCAAUGCAUGAACUGGUUUAUGCCGACUCCACUGAAGAAUCUCUUCAGCGAUCAUAUGUCCAGAAUCUUUCUCUUCUCGAUCAUUUCUUUUGUGCAGGUCUCUCUGGAACAGUGCCCGGUUGGUGAGCGAGCGCAUGCGGCCUCAAUGGAGUUGCUACAAGAUAUUCUCAAUUUGGUCAACGGUUUCCGCGAAGAGCUCACAAAUGAGGUGAAAAACAUCGGCGAUCCGUUCUUUCAAUCAUCAAUCGAGCAUGCGCUGCACGUUUUUGUCCAGGCGUCGAUUAAGAAACACGUUGCCACUACGCUCAGUCUACCAGCAAAAGAAGAACUAGAAAAGGAAUUCAAUGCUCUAGUAGCUUGGAUUGAGAAAGUACCCAUGAAAACUGCGGAAUCAACGGCGAGCGAUGUGCGUGUUUAUAUGGAGUGCCUAUUUGUCGAUCAGUACAUUGAUAAGAUUUACAACAUAACGAUUGCUGGCACAGCCCAUUCAGCAGAGAUUAUUGAUAUUAUUGGCUCAUUUAUGCAGCGAAACAAUGGAUAUGGUCGACAACGGAUUAUCAAUCGAUUGACAACUGAAGUGAAUCGACAACUUUUGAAUAUCUCCGCUUCCACUGCGCUGAUUCUGACGUCGUAUGCAAAUGCGGUCACCUCAUUGCGUCGUUUGGAUCCGUCGACUUUCAUUAUGCACAUUGUUUGUGGGAAAAUCAAGAACUAUCUGAAGCAACAUCGCACGGACACCGUCCGUCAAAUCAUCUCUUUCAUCACCAAGGCCGGACAUCAAUUCAACGAUCAGAUGCAACGUUGCGUGAUCAUAGAUGACGAGGACGCGUUGAGUGUCAACGACGAGUUUCUUGACGAUGAGACAAUUCGCAAAACGUGGAGAUCGUGGAGGCCCGAUCCGCCUGAUGCCUUACAUAGCAAGGGACGCGUGCAGCGAUCGGCCGAUGUUUUCACGAUGCUAGUCUCUAUUUAUGGAAGCAAGGAUUCGUUUGUGAAAGAAUAUCGACAAUUAUUGGCUGAAAGACUCACUCAAGCAGCACAUAAAGAUCCGGCUUUUGAAUCGCGAUAUUUGAAUCUACUCCGUUUACGAUUCUCCGAGGCCGAACUGCAACAAUGCGAGGUGAUGCUGAAAGACAUUUGCGACAGUGAAAAUCUUAUGGAAGAAAUAUCAGCAGCCGGCAAAUUGGUUUUCCCGUUGAGCGCCCGCAUAAUCUCGACCUACUUUUGGCCCGACGUCAACAAGGAUAAAACGAUGGAAUUCCCUAGCUAUUUCGAUGAACACUUUGCCGUUUUCGAGCAAGAGUACAAGAAGCUGAAACACGAUCGAAAGUUGAAUUGGAUGAAAGCAGCAGGUUGUGUGGAAAUGACGUUGACGAUAGAUGGAAUGUCCGUGGAUAAAGUGGUGACGAAUUCGACGGCCGCCGUUCUGUAUCCGUUUUUGGAACAAGAAGCCUGGACGGCAAUCCAGCUCAUCGAAUUACUCAAAAUGCCUCGUAGUGUCGUGCAAAAACGAUUAGGUUUUUGGCAAUCACAGCGCGUGCUGAUCAAUUCGGGAGAAGACACUUGGACGCUGACCACUCAACCAAAUGAUGUUGAUCAAGUGCAGUAUGCCGAGCAGGAAGAAGACGAGGAAGAGGAACUUGACGAAACGGAUCGAGAGAAAGAUGAUGGAAAUGGAACAAUGGAUGAACUUGAACAAUAUUGGACCUAUACGAGAAAUUUUAUCAAUGGUCAAGAACAGAAGGAGAUGCGCGCCGAGCGACUUUUCGGCAUUUACAAGAUGUUCGGCAUUCAAUCGUUGACUUUGGAACAGGUGGUGGCCUUUUUGAAGAAGAAAGUCAGCGAAAAUCUCCUUUCGAUCAACAAUGGAUUCUAUCGAGUGGUGAAAGAA